GUGCCGUUGUUUACAGUAGGUAAUAGAAGUUAUUGCUUAUUUGAUCUAAGAUAUGUAUAAACCGUUUUUUGAUGAUCCUGUUAAAACAUACGAGUAUUACAAUUUUCUGCCUGAUGCUCGAGAUGAGUUAAAAGAUAACGAUGAUGUGGUCUUGCAUCCAGACGCUCGUUAUUUGACUGACGGGGAGGAAUUGGACGAAAAGCAACUGAUGGCAAAUGGAAUGCCACAAGAUGUUUCUGGUCGUGUAUAGCUGUUUCGCCAAAGUUCAGCUAAUGACGAGUUCUGAAGCAGCGACUAAGGGUA